AUAUUUAGUAGUGGCCCAUCAAAGCCCACACAUCUAGGGUUUGCUGAAGGUAUAAACAUCGCGCCGCCUUGCAAACACGACCCUGCCGCCGCCGCCGUUCUUCCUCCUCGCUCCGGGUUAGGGUUAGGGUCAGGGUCAGGGUCGUCACCUUCGGAGAUCAGAGAUGGCGGUGCCUCUGCUGACGACGAAGAUCGUGAAGAAGAGGACCAAGCACUUCAAGAGGGCCCAUAGCGACCGCUACAUCGGCCUCAAGCCCAGCUGGCGCAGGCCAAAGGGUAUUGACUCUCGUGUCAGGCGAAAGUUCAAAGGAUGUACCUUGAUGCCCAACAUUGGUUAUGGUUCUGACAAGAAGACCAGGCAUUACCUGCCGAACAAGUUCAAGAAGUUUGUUGUCCACAACGUGUCUGAGCUUGAGUUGCUUAUGAUGCACAACAGGACAUACUGUGCUGAGAUUGCGCACAACGUCUCUACCCAGAAGCGUAAGAACAUUGUGGAGCGUGCUGCUCAGCUGGAUAUUGUUGUCACAAACAAGCUUGCUAGGCUUCGUAGCCAGGAGGACGAGUGAACUAUUCUUCAGGCUGCUGUUAUGGUCACUUUGUUUGUAGGAGACUGUCUGCUACGAGAGCUUGUCUGGUUAUCUCUUAGUUUUGUCAUAUGAGCAUCCUGUUACUAUCGGCAAUGAGUGGCACAGCUAAAAUUUUGGUACUGUUAUCAACCUUUAAAUCAAGCUUAUUUAGUAAAAUUUCAUUGACUUGUUUC